UUCCAUGGCUGUGACGAAAUUUUUCUCUUCGAACUUGAACGCCGCUUUCUAGUAACCAGGCGUGACAGAAACUGGCAAUUGGACAGGCGAGUUACAGAAUUAUUUGCAGACAUGAUUGUUAAUUUUUUGAAGACCGAGUUUGUAUUUUUCUUGUGUUUUUUGUAUUUUUAUUUCAAUUUAAGCGACCCAACCCCCGAAUCUGCCCGUCUUAAUUUUAAUUGGAAUUCUAGUUCAACUGGAGAAUUGGAUCAUUUGUCUGUUACAGACUCUCCUUCAAUGAGAGUUGGGUUUAGAUGGCAGGCACACAUUUUUUGGAAUAAAUAUGUCCGCCACUUGGAUUCAGUCGAUGUCGGAAAUAUGCAAAAAAUAACUUUAUUGGAUAAACAAUUGGGAGAUUAUCAGUUGGCAACUUGGCUGCUACUUUUUUGUUCACUCUUCUUUUUCGCUAUACUUGUUGGACUUGCUUGUUAUUGUACUAGAAAGGAACCGGAUGAAGAUGAAUUAUAA